AGCCAUUAGACCAAUUGCAGGGCGAAGGGGGAGGGAGCUAACAGCACUGGUCUUCUGUUUGCAGCAUCCCAAGAGCAGCCUCUGUUGUGUGAAAUAGAAGAAAAAGGGCAAGACAGCGGGAGUCAAUCCAAGGAGGCAACGCAAAGAACUGGAAGGGGGGAAUCUCUUAUGGGGGGCCAGUCGGAGUAGGGUGAUGUGUGGAGUUCAUCCUCAGAGAAAAUGGCUGUUGUGUCAGUGUAAACAGCCUGUGCAGUGCCUGCAUUUCUGAAGGGGGAAGGAGAAGAGAAGGAGGAGGAGGAGGCGGCACAGACCCUGGAGCAAAUGUUACCUCUUCUUCAUAUGAAUGUGUUCUGCCUUUAGGUAGCCCCAGACUGCUGCUGCUGCUGCUGCUCACCUCUUAACAUGCAUGUUGUAUGUUAAGCCCCUAUGGAGGAAGAACCUUCAAUGAUGCCUCAGCAGACCCUAAAACAAUGCGAGGGCCGCUGCAUUGACCAUGAGACACAUUAGAAACUAAGCAGCACAUCAAGAUCCAAACGAAAAUAAAGGGAAACAAACUGAUACAUUUUGCUAGAGAAACCAACACCCGACCAUGGCUGUGGAUACUGCCAAGGCGACGUCACGUUUUCUCUCCACAAGUGCAACAACCGCCACGGACCCCUUGCUCCCAACAAGCCUCGGGCCCAGAGAAAACAUCACCUCCAGAGCAUUUAUGACUGUUACCCUAACAACGACAGCAGCAACAACAAACGAGACCAGCUUCAACGCCACGGCGGUGCCAGACGUGGUGAUUGAGGGCUCGAGUGUUGGAAUGCUGCUGGUACCCUUUGGCAUCAUCACCCUCAUUGGCUUAGCAGUGGCAAUAAUGCUGUACAUUCGGAAACGGAAGCGGUUAGAGAAGCUGAGACAUCAGCUCAUGCCCAUGUACAACUUUGACCCGGCCGAAGAACAGGACGACCUGCUGGAACAGGAGCUACUGGAUCACGGACGGGACGGGAGCCUCGCAGGUCCAAAUGCCAAGACUCUCACAACCUCCCAGGGGACAACCCAGCGACCGAGUCGCCUGGUCUUCACAGAUGUUGCCAAAGCUCUCAAUGCUUAAUAGAUCCCCUGAGUGGUCGAUCCCAACCUGCAGGAGACCUGCUGGCCACACAACCAGAAACAGACUGUCACUAAUGAGGAAAAACAGAAGAAAGUUGGACUGUUUUAAGCUCAAACUGGAGGUCUCAUAAAUGUUUUCAUCACAAUGUGUCAAGUGGCAUUGGUUGUAUCAAAGAAAAAAAAAAAAAACUAGAUGAGAACAAUGCAAAAGGGUCAUUCAUGAUAUUGCACUAUUAUUCACUGGGGCACCAAUUAAAUGUUGCACCGUUUUUUAAAAUAUGUUCUGUCAUUGUUAAACUAUUUGGCAGCAUGUCAGUUUCUGCAUCAAUUUUUAAGUUUCAUAUGAGACACUUGUGAAUCUGUUAUAGUAAUUUUGUGGUCUGACACUUCUGAAAAGCCCGUACGCUGGAAGUCUCACCAUCCUCAGUCUGUUUUCCUCUCCAUUUGUCUUCUUUACGGAUUGUGGAUUAAUAACCUUUCCAUCUGUACACAUUAAAAUAUCGAAACAGAAAGAGAAAAACGGUGCACAAAUCCAUGAGAACAGUUGAUUGAGUGUGAUAUUUUUUUUAUUGAUAAGCGAUAUAGAAGCAAAGUAACACAAAUCACAAGAGUAAAGAAUCAUAACAAAAUAUAUAUCACA